AUCAAAAGCCUUAGUACUAUCAAUUGCCAUCAUUCAGCUGGUUAGGCUCCCCGAGUUCAUACAUAGGGGAUGCCGCGUCUUCUAUCAAAAGCAAACACUGUGCAGCGCUCAAGUCGCCCGGGGAUGGCCAGUUCUCCAAGCCAAGAGCAGAAAAAUCGGACUGUCCCACAGCUUAGUUGUGUCUUGUGUCGAGACCGCAAGCUCAAGUGUGAUAAGCUUGACCCAUGCUCUAAUUGCACUUCCUCUGGUGUUGCGUGUAUGCCCAUUUAUCGCCCAAGACUCCCUCGAGGUCGAUACGGACGCCCUGCCCGGUCCAGAACGUCAUCUCCUUCAGCUAAUGAAAGCUACGGAGAUUUCAGUAAUCCCAAAGCGACGUCAACAACCGAGUAUGGGGGCUCGAGUGCACCCGUGGAUGGGCUGGAGAGACUUAUUCCGGAGGGUGAAACAAAUAAGAUGGGGCCUGUUGAGGAGGGAAGUGCUCUGCAGGAACUUGUUUCACAAGUGAGCAAGAAGAUACAAUCCGCUACAGACUCAACGAAGAACGAUCUUGGAACCAUCGUUGGGGACCUGUCGCAUCAUAUCCGGAAGCUCGAAAGCCUCUUGCAAGAUUCAGGAGCCGACAAAGUCAAGAUCAACGAGGCGAACAGGAUUGCAGACGCUCAAGAAAACCUUCAAAUCGGAAACACUGGGGGAAAUACGAUGUUAGUCCAAACGACUCUAGGCUUAGAGACUCAACAAUUUCCCGCCAUCCAAACUUCAAGUCUUGCUAGACGAUGCCCGGAGAUUUCUGGCAACGAUAUCUGGGCCGAAUUUACAAGCAAUGGGAUGCAUGACCCGUCGGUAGCAACUGACUUGGAGCCGUCUCCCGGUCGCGCAAGCGAUAGAGGAUUGAAAACAAAUUCAUUGCGGCGCAAUUCCGUAAACCACGGGCCCAGCACUCUCGGCAUGCUGAGCAUCGGUAAUUCGCUGUCCCCUAGCUUCAUGUCACUGCCUCGUGACAAACUUGGAGCAAGCAAGUUAUGCCAGGUAUACCUCCAAAACGUGGAUCCAAUAAUCAAGAUCCUACACCGGCCUAGCCUCAGCAAAUGGAUGCUAGAUGGGGCAUCUGAAUAUCUGGAAUCAUCCGAGGAUGAUAUUCCGGUGAGAGCGCUGGAAUCUGCUAUUUGCUAUGUUGCAGCCAACACUAUGACAGAAGCACAUUGUCAGGCCACAUUCCAACGAAGCAAAUCGACAAUCAUGGCCGUGCAUCGCAAAUUAUGUGAAGGCGCCUUUGAGAAGGCUGGGUUGCUGACAUCGAGAGAUAUGACCGUCCUUCAAGCCUUCAUUCUGUAUCUUAUUGGUAGAAGAUCCGAAGACAAGGACACCGCUGCUUGGGCACUCGUUGCCCUAGCUGUCAGGCUCGCGAGAGCCAUGAGGCUGGAUCAGGGGCCAAAUGACCACCCUGGGGCUCGGGAAUCUUUCUUCCAACAGCAGAUGCGGUUGCGGUUGUGGCUCACUGUUUGCCUUGUCGACAUUCAGGCGUCCUUUGCGCAACGCUCCGAGCCACUUAUAACACACAGUGGCGCAGCAUGUGCAAUUCCGAAUGUGGCACAUGUCAAUGACUCCGAUUUCGACGUGAAUACAGAGUACUCAGUUGCUUCACAGGAGCAGCUCACGGACACGACAUUUGCUCUUGUGACAUAUCACGUACAAGUAGCCGGUCGAGCACUCAAUUUUGGCUCACCCGAUUGCAGCACUGCCGCAGGAAGACACAAACUGUCUCGAGAAGUCCAACAGCAAGUGUUCACAUUGCUACACUACUGUGAUCCCGAGUCCUCUCCGUAUGCCUGGUUUACCUGGCAUAGUACCCAAUCGAUUGUAUCGGCGAUCCGUCUAUCAGAGCUGUUACCGUUUCGAUGUAGCCAAACGGGUCGCUAUGAUUCACUGGCAUCUCCGCGAUUAGAAGGCGAUACAAGUCUCUUGCGAUGGUCUUUGCAAAAUCUAGAAAAGGCACACCUGCUCUGCACCGAUCCUCGCGGGAGCGGCUUUCGCUGGUACAUCACCAUUCCAUGCCUCGCGUUGUCCACAGCAAUUAGGGAGUGUAACAUAUGCAGUGAUGUGGAAACUGUUCGGAGGGCGUGGCCAAUUAUUGAGGCUUCAUAUAGACAGCACGAAGAGCUUCCAAGUUCGCAUAGCUGCCAACUAGCCCAAGCACACCUGGUGCAGAUGAUGAAUAAGACUCGGGAGAAGCUGUCGUCGUUACUCCAGAAAAAUAGUAAUGAAUUCGGUGCAGGCCAGGUAGUGGAGGUUUCUGCUACUGACCCGUUGGUGCCCAUGGUUGCUGAGGAACACACCCCAAUUGAUCCCCAACUAAGUGGUGACAUGCCAAUCAGCGAAUCCAUUAUGCCCACGGCGUCUUUCACCGUAUCCCAGCCGCAACUUGGACAUCAGAGCUGGAAUAUGGCUACAAUGCCCAUAGACGAUGUACAUGCGCGGGACGACAUGCUGCUGACAACGGACGCAUAUCAUUCUGUGCAAUCGGAUUAUUUUUGAACAAUCGCGAACGACGACAGGUGAAGCUUGAAUGGUGCUCUGCCGACGGAAGCCCUUGAAGUCAGAGAAAUAGAUGUUAUAAGUAGGAAGGAUAUGAUAUGUGUGCGUAGACCCGAUUUUCUACCAACAUCCAGGUCUAUGAGUUAGGAUUUGCUAUUCGUUCAGAAGGUGCACUAGAUUCAGAGGACAAACGAAC